CUACCCUGCUACAAAUCUUUAAAUUAUGGUGCUAGGAUUGAACGGUGUAAUAAUUUCUUUAAAAAGAAGCUAACACAUUUAACAUAUUAAUCUCUCUAUAAACCCCUAGGCUUAGCUUGGUUUCAAGCUAAAAAUGUGUAGUUCAAGGCAUGAGACUGCUCGGUUUAGUAGUUAGUUCCACAGGGCCUCUGGAUGGUAAGAUAAAGAAAAGGUGUUUCCUUUUUUCCUUCUACUUUCCCUCCAGGAACACACCUUCUGUGUGCUGUACCUAACAAACAAAUUUCCUAAUUUCGUAAGGGCAUUUGGAGGGAAAGUAUGAUGAUAUUUACAUGCUUCUGCAAAGCCGACUUCCAGCCACAAAAGAUUAAAGAAAAAAGCUAGGAUUUUGCAAUACACUGAUUGGAGGAAAAGCCAAGACAUUGAGAGUUAGCAAUAAAAACAGCAACAACAAAAUCCCAAAGGGUUUGGAAUUCCUUUAGUUUCUAUUUGGCAUAAGAAUCAUAUGAUUUAUUUGUUCUGCCCUUCCUUAUCGACUGCACUCAAAUGAUAGUUUUAUUUCAUUCUUGCAGUCAAGUGACUGAUUCUAUUGUUGCUCAAAGCAGAGAGGUGCACAAGAGAGCCUUACAUAUGUAGAAUAAUAGAAUGAACCUUUUUGUAUUGUGUUUUUGGAUGAGGGGUAGUGUCUGCUUUAAAAAAACAAACAAACAAAAAAAAAACCCAGAAUAAAUGCUGUCUUUUCAGCUGUGAAAUUUAGUGAUUUUGCAAAAUGGACUAAGACGGGUGCUUUGCUUUUAACUACUGGUCUACCUGGCAAAGGGGUUUCUCUGAAAUCCUCCUUAUAAAAAUAGAACUGAGAUAACUUGCAAUAAAAUAUCUUUUACUUUUUAUGAUAUUUAAAAGCAGAUGCAAUGUUAUUUGUUGCCAUUUGUGCAAAUGAUCAAUCGUGUUUCUAGACCAAAUUUCUUCCAGCCGAGGCUCCGGCUAAAUCACUGGGCUUUGUACAAAGCCCUGCUCAAAAAAGUGUUUGGCAUGAUGAAGCCACGAGGCAGUUGUAUAGCUGAAGGCUCUUUAUGAUAAGCAUUUCAGACUUUAGUUUUGGUAGUACAACUCUUGUAACCAUUCAAAUGCUGCUUUGCUGUCAUUUCAACUCUUAAAAGAAGGGAAUGGGGGAGGGGCAAGAGCGUCUUUUAAGUAAACAAAGAUCCCAAAUCCAUGAAACCUAGGAUUUAUCAUGGUAUGUACAUUAUGAAAUUCCAUAUAUUGUAAACUGUGUAGCAUGUCAAGAUUUCAAAUUAGCAGGUCCUACUGUACUCUUCAAUGCACAUACGGUUUUUAUAUGCAUAUUAAUAAAGGCCCAUCUGUGGGAGAAGAAAAAAGGCUCCCUUUCAAAUGAAAUCAAGCCCAGGUAAAGCUGAAACCCAACCCACAGAGUACUGGCACCGUUUUCAGGCCAUAAGAAGACAAGGGUUUCAAUUUCAUCAUCUUGUAAUGCUGAUAAAUGGGAUGCUGUGACUGGCAAAAUUUGCAGAUUACAUAGGUCUUUCUAAACGUGUGUAAAUAUGCAAAUAUGUAUUCCAAUUUAUGUGCAAUUCCAAACAAUUUGCUGUUUGAAAUUAAAGACCAACAACUCUUCUGUGAGACAAUAAUUCGGGUCAUUUACAUGAAAAGUCUUAAACAGCAAAAAUGCUACUUGCAAUUUACAUCAUACAGUGCUCCCAUCACAGAGAACAAUGGCUUCCUCAAUGGAAGUUAACGCAGUAGAAAGGUAUACUCAGAUUUUUUUUUUAACUUUUCAGCACACUUUGCAAAUACUAACCAAUGAAUCAAAUUAUCACUGCUACUUGAGUGUUAUUUUUGUGUCUUCAGAUUCCUAUCAAACAGGAGUGAACCUUUUUAACAGGUUAUGGUGACAUUUUUUCAGAUUCUUCCAUUUUGUCCUAUUUCCACUGUCAGCACAAUUAGCUUGACUUGGGGGUUUCUGUCUGGUUUUGAAAACCUUUCAAUGGAGUGCACGUCUGUUAACAAUAAAGGAACGAGGACACGCGGCUGGGAAAACAGCAUACCUCAUCUGGAAUGGAAAUCUAUCGUCUCUCGCCCUUGCACGGGUCACGAUUAUACACCUUCGUGACCUUUACCGGGCUUACAUAUGUAUCUUUUUGUGUUCCGUAGGCUAUGACCACCUGCUGUAUGUACAAUAUGUGCUUGUUACAUUUGUACACCAUCUCCCUUCUAGAAUUUAAAGACCUAGCUAUUACAUCUUGUUUACUCAAUAUCAUUCCCCCAUUAAGGAAAAAAAAAACCUACAUGAACUGAACAUGCCAUGUUUCAAUCUGGCCCCAGUGGCUUUUUCUCUGAAAGCAAACGUGUGUCUUUUACACCAGGGCUUUCUCCCCACCCCAGGGGGUGUCUUCCAUUCUUUGUGGCUCAGUUGAAGGCGAAAAGGGCUCCAAACCACUAACUAACCAGAGGAGAGCCCCUUCUUCCACCUCCAGGGAGAAUUUCAGAUUUAAUUUGUCCGAAGAUAGCGUGCUCUCUUCUUACUUAUUUGCCACCAUUACAAGGAGAACAAAACACCACCUUGGCUUCAAGAUCCUGGGUAGAGGCUCACGGUCUUUUCAACCAUCUUUGGCGAGGCCUUGCUUCCUUCCACUCGAGGUAUGUUCUGUCUUGUGCUUUUUCUUUUAGAAGCUACUAAAGGGUGUUGGGGAUGCUUCUGACUAUUAUGAAGGCCAAAAGGCCUGUUGACUGGGGCUGCUUUUAACCCUUUCCUAUUUGCUGAGAAUGCAGCCGUGUGACAGUAACUGAACAUUGGUCUAAAGUCUUUCCAAAAGGUCAAGGUUCACAAGGCACUUCAAGUAAGUGCAGCAGUUUUUAUCUGGCCAAUCUGCUGUGACCCAGUCAAGCCACCACCCAUGUCUGGGCUGGGAAGGUGGGGAAAGAGGCUGCUGCACAUGCUUGGGAUGUCUUCAGCCAUAUGCAUCUGUCCAUCUGUUCAUCCACCCAUCCGUCUGUCCAUCCGCCCACUCAUCUAUCUGUUUAUCAAGAACAUCUGCUCAAAUUCAUGACCAUGGGGGAUAUGAAGACCCCAGACUUUGAUGACCUCCUGGCAGCAUUUGACAUCCCAGAUAUGGUCGAUCCUAAAGCAGCUAUUGAGUCUGGACACGAUGACCAUGAAAGCCACAUGAAGCAGAAUGCUCACGGAGAGGACGACUCCCACGCACCAUCAUCUUCCGACGUGGGUGUCAGCGUUAUCGUCAAGAAUGUUCGGAACAUCGACUCCUCUGAGGGCGGGGAGAAAGACGGCCACAACCCCACUGGCAAUGGCUUACAUAAUGGGUUUCUCACAGCGUCCUCCCUUGACAGUUACAGUAAAGAUGGAGCAAAGUCCUUGAAAGGAGACGUGCCUGCCUCUGAGGUGACCCUGAAAGACUCGACGUUCAGCCAGUUUAGCCCGAUCUCCAGUGCUGAAGAGUUUGAUGACGACGAGAAGAUCGAGGUGGAUGACCCCCCUGACAAGGAGGACGUGCGAUCAAGCUUCAGGUCGAACGUGUUGACGGGGUCAGCUCCGCAGCAGGACUACGAUAAGCUGAAGGCACUCGGAGGGGAAAACUCCAGCAAAACUGGACUCUCUACGUCAGGCAAUAUGGAGAAAAACAAAGUUGUUAAGAGAGAAACAGAAGCCAAUUCUAUAAACCUGAGUGUUUAUGAACCUUUUAAAGUCAGAAAAGCAGAAGAUAAAUUGAAGGAAAGCUCUGACAAGGUGCUGGAAAACAGAGUCCUAGAUGGGAAGCCAAGCUCCGAGAAGAAUGACACCGGCCUCCCCAGCAUUGCACCAUCAAAGACAAAGUCAUCCUCCAAGCUCUCGUCCUGCAUUGCUGCCAUCGCGGCUCUCAGUGCUAAAAAGGCAGCUUCAGACUCCUGCAAAGAACCAGUGGCCAAUUCGAGGGAAUCCUCCCCGUUACCAAAAGAAGUUAAUGACAGUCCGAGAGCCGCUGACAAGUCUCCUGAAUCCCAGAAUCUCAUCGACGGGACCAAAAAACCAUCCCUAAAGCAACCGGAUAGUCCCAGAAGCAUCUCAAGUGAGAACAGCAGCAAGGGAUCCCCGUCCUCUCCCGCAGGGUCCACACCAGCAAUCCCCAAAGUCCGCAUAAAAACCAUUAAGACAUCUUCUGGGGAAAUCAAGAGAACAGUGACCAGAGUAUUGCCAGAAGUGGAUCUUGACUCUGGAAAGAAACCUUCCGAGCAGACAGCGUCCAUGAUGGCCUCUGUGACAUCCCUUCUGUCGUCUCCAGCAUCAGCCGCCGUCCUUUCCUCUCCCCCCAGGGCGCCUCUCCAGUCCGCGGUCGUGACCAAUGCAGUUUCCCCUGCAGAGCUCACCCCCAAACAGGUCACAAUCAAGCCUGUGGCUACUGCUUUCCUCCCAGUGUCUGCUGUGAAGACGGCAGGAUCCCAAGUCAUUAAUUUGAAGCUCGCUAACAACACCACGGUGAAAGCCACGGUCAUAUCUGCUGCCUCUGUCCAGAGCGCCAGCAGCGCCAUCAUUAAAGCCGCCAACGCCAUCCAGCAGCAAACUGUCGUGGUGCCGGCAUCCAGCCUGGCCAAUGCCAAACUCGUGCCAAAGACUGUGCACCUUGCCAACCUUAACCUUUUGCCUCAGGGUGCCCAGGCCACCUCUGAACUCCGCCAAGUGCUAACCAAACCUCAGCAACAAAUAAAGCAGGCAAUAAUCAAUGCAGCAGCCUCGCAACCCCCCAAAAAGGUGUCUCGAGUCCAGGUGGUGUCGUCCUUGCAGAGUUCUGUGGUGGAAGCUUUCAACAAGGUGCUGAGCAGUGUCAAUCCAGUCCCUGUUUACAUCCCAAACCUCAGUCCUCCCGCCAAUGCAGGGAUCACGUUACCGACGCGUGGGUACAAGUGCUUGGAGUGUGGGGACUCCUUUGCACUUGAAAAGAGUCUGACCCAGCACUACGACAGACGGAGCGUGCGCAUCGAAGUAACGUGCAACCAUUGUACAAAGAACCUCGUUUUUUACAACAAAUGCAGCCUCCUUUCCCAUGCCCGUGGGCAUAAGGAGAAAGGGGUGGUAAUGCAAUGCUCCCACUUAAUUUUAAAGCCAGUCCCAGCAGAUCAAAUGAUAGUUUCUCCGUCAAGCAAUACUUCCACUUCAACUUCCACUCUUCAGAGCCCUGUGGGAGCUGGCACACACACUGUCACAAAAAUUCAGUCUGGCAUAACCGGGACAGUCAUAUCGGCUCCUUCAAGCACUCCCAUCACCCCAGCCAUGCCCCUAGAUGAAGACCCCUCCAAACUGUGUAGACAUAGUCUAAAAUGUUUGGAGUGUAAUGAAGUCUUCCAGGAUGAGACAUCACUGGCUACACAUUUCCAGCAGGCUGCAGAUACGAGUGGACAAAAGACUUGCACUAUCUGCCAGAUGCUGCUUCCUAACCAGUGCAGUUAUGCAUCACACCAGAGAAUCCAUCAGCACAAAUCUCCCUACACCUGCCCUGAGUGUGGGGCCAUCUGCAGGUCGGUGCACUUCCAGACCCACGUCACCAAGAACUGUCUGCACUACACGAGGAGAGUUGGUUUUCGAUGUGUGCAUUGCAAUGUUGUGUACUCUGAUGUGGCUGCUCUGAAGUCUCACAUUCAAGGUUCUCACUGUGAAGUCUUCUACAAGUGUCCUAUUUGUCCAAUGGCGUUUAAGUCUGCCCCAAGCACACAUUCCCACGCCUACACACAGCAUCCUGGCAUCAAGAUAGGAGAACCAAAAAUAAUAUAUAAGUGUUCCAUGUGCGACACUGUGUUCACCCUGCAAACCUUGCUGUAUCGCCACUUUGACCAACACAUUGAAAACCAGAAGGUGUCUGUUUUCAAGUGUCCAGACUGUUCUCUUUUAUAUGCACAGAAGCAACUUAUGAUGGACCAUAUCAAGUCUAUGCAUGGAACAUUGAAAAGUAUUGAAGGGCCUCCAAACUUGGGUAUAAACUUGCCUUUGAGCAUUAAGCCUACAACUCAAAAUUCAGCAAAUCAGAACAAAGAGGACACCAAAUCCAUGAAUGGGAAAGAGAAAUUGGAAAAGAAAUCUCCAUCUCCUGUGAAAAAAUCAAUGGAAACCAAGAAAGUGGCCAGUCCUGGGUGGACGUGUUGGGAGUGUGACCGCCUGUUCAUGCAGAGAGAUGUGUACAUAUCCCACGUGAGGAAGGAGCACGGGAAGCAAAUGAAGAAACACCCCUGCCGCCAGUGUGACAAGUCUUUCAGCUCGUCCCACAGCCUGUGCCGGCACAACCGGAUCAAGCACAAAGGCAUCAGGAAAGUGUACGCCUGCUCGCACUGCCCAGACUCCAGACGUACCUUUACCAAACGUUUGAUGCUGGAGAAGCACGUUCAGCUGAUGCAUGGCAUCAAGGACCCUGACCUGAAAGAAAUGACAGAUGCCACCAAUGAGGAGGAAACAGAAAUAAAAGAAGACACCAAGGUCCCCAGUCCCAAACGGAAGUUGGAAGAACCAGUUCUGGAGUUCAGGCCUCCCCGAGGAGCAAUCACUCAACCACUGAAAAAGCUGAAAAUCAAUGUUUUUAAGGUUCACAAGUGUGCCGUGUGUGGCUUCACCACCGAAAACCUGCUGCAGUUCCACGAACACAUCCCUCAGCACAAAUCGGAUGGUUCUUCCUACCAGUGCCGGGAGUGUGGCCUCUGCUACACGUCUCACGUCUCUCUGUCCAGGCAUCUCUUCAUCGUACACAAGUUAAAGGAACCUCAGCCAGUGUCCAAGCAAAAUGGGGCUGGGGAAGAUAACCAACAGGAGAACAAACCCAGCCACGAGGAUGAAUCCCCUGAUGGCGCCGUGUCAGACAGAAAGUGCAAAGUGUGCGCAAAAACUUUUGAAACUGAAGCUGCCUUAAAUACUCACAUGCGGACACACGGCAUGGCCUUCAUCAAAUCCAAAAGGAUGAGCUCAGCCGAGAAAUAGCCACAGAUGCUCCAUGAGGAAAAUCCCUGUCCACAUUGGAAUAAAAAAGACAUUUUUGUUACAAAAAGUUUGCAGUAUAAUAGAGUUAACAGUACUGUCUAGGCUGUUGCAAUAUAUUCUCUUUCAACGUACCUUCCUUCACCUCGUCGUAUAUAUCCUCGAUAAGUAUUAAAACAGUAUUUGAGUUUAAAAGAGUUUGUAUAUAUUUAAAUGAAUAACUUUUUAUACUCUUUGUUACAUGUUUGUAUCAGUAUUUAGUGGAAAACCAUUUGAGUUGUUUUGGGUUAGAAUUUUUCUUUUUGUACUGUUUCUUUAAAACAGAGUUCUUAGUAACAACAGGGGCAGUUCCUGAAUUCAAAUAAACCAUUUUGUAUGUUUGGAUUUUGAAUGGGUUAACUAAUUACAGGCUAAAAUAAUGCCUUUUUUAGUGUUUUUAAUUUUUAGAAUUCACUACAUAAAUUGUAAGUAAUUGUGGGUCUCAAAAACACUAGGAACUUUUAAGUGUCUUAGCACUUCCUCGAUGUGCCUGCCCUGAGGGAGUGAGUUCACAUUUGAGACAACUGCACUCCAGUGUGGGCGUGCCUUUGUCUUCAGGCCACGCUGAAGGGUGUUUAAAGCAGUCUUGCAGGUCGCUCCUUUUGCAGCCGUGGAUAAAAACUGAAGCCAGGAAUCUAAUAAGGAAUGCUGAUUUCCUCAGUUCCAUUUUGAGGAAUGGGGAAGGCUAUUCUAAAGAAAAAAAUGGGACUUGUUUUCUCGGCAGAUCUGCAAGGCUGGCUUUAAGAGCACAAGGAGGGAAAGUAACGAAAGGGCUGGACUACUAUAAAAGUUACAAAUACGUAGUUAGACCAAUAGAUUUAUAUAGUCAGGUUUUUGUCAUGUAAUUUAUUAACUAUUACAGAAACACAACUAAGAAUAUCAAGUAUUUCUCUGGCUCUUGACAGAAAAAAAAAAUCAGUUGACUUAACCCUUUGCUGUCAAAAGAGUUGGCGUUUCCUGUUCUGGGUGCUACUGCCAAACGUUCUGGUACUUAGAGUCGGGAUGCACAACUUCAACCACCGACUUAUCAAUGCAGCCGCCUGUGUAUUGCAAUUGGCCGUUACCUUAAGCACUGAGCCACCUGGGUUUAGUUCAGCCAUUUCAAGAAGUAUAUUUAACGUCGGUAGUUCUGCUUUAUUAAAAUGCAGCAGAGGUACUCUUCUGUCCCUUCCGUUUAUAGUUCUCUGAGAGAGUUCUAUUUUUUGGUUUUGUUUUGUGUUUUCUUUUGCAUUUUAUAUCUUGUAUUUAUCCCCUGAACAUGUUUUGUACUUUUUUUUUUUUUAAGAAAAGGAAUUCUUUUGUGUAUAUAUAGAUACUUGCAUGAUAUACUGUAGUCAACGUUCGGUUCCUCAAAAGGUCUUGCUGCUGUCAGGUGUUAUGCACUCCAUCCAUCAUAACUGUAUGAAACACAUUUCAUAUGUAAAUAAACGUGGGACAUUUGGCCCUUGUG